CUACGCACAACGCACCCCUUUAAGUGACCGAUGCAACUACCUAGCCUGCACUGCGGAUUCAGGAAUCAAACCGUAGCUAGGGUCCAACAUCUCACUUUACGCGACAGAUAAAAACACCGGGAGAGCGAAAAAAGACAAAGCAGACAAACAGAUCUCGUUGGAUAAAUUAGGGACCAAUUACUCCUCCCUUUGAAGAGAAAGAAGGGUUUUUUCGACAGUAGAUUUAGCUUAACGUUAUAGCAGUAGAAGUUGGUUGCAAGAUAUCUAGACAGUUACAUACAUACGGUGCUACAUACGGGUUGACCAUGCGGUUUGACAAGUAGCUGUCAAACGUUGUGAAAUUGCGUCAUCCUUGUGAGACAUAAGUACCUUUAAUACUUCAUGUUUAGCAAGCCACUUCAUAUAACAGUUUUUUUUGUUUGGUAGUUAGAGCAAACUAGGAUCGAAGUCAAUAUCAUCCAUUCCUAUCGAUCUGUUUCCAAUUUUGCCGUUAGUUGGUUAUCUUGGUAAAUCUGACAAGCAGAAUCGUGAGGUUUAGUUAGAAGCUAGCUAGCAUCUUUUGCUUUUUUCGUAACUUAGCAGAGUUGGACCAGAAGGAUUCAACGAUAACGCGUUUAAGUUAUUUAGCUAUCACGUUACAGAACAGUUACAGUAACUACUUUAACAGAAAAAGUAUUUUAAUUCACCGUUCAUUAUUUAGCUUACUAAUUUCAGGUUUAUCACAGAAAAUAACGCUUGCUGUUUAUAUCCGAUUCAUAUUUGAAUAUUAGCGUUAGCUUAUUUUAUUAGCUACCGUCAAAAUGUUUGUCCCAUACAUAUUUGGCCCUUAGGACGGUGGCAAAGGAACCGGGACAAGCGUGAAGAUUGUCCUUCACAACGAAGCGUAAGAAAGCAAGUCAGCGAUACACACUGCAGACCAGUUCCCCAGGAUCGUACAGUAGCUUUGGAAGAAUAUGGAGCUAGUUGUGCAGCACAGAGAGAGGGAGAGAGUAAAAGAGGGAGAGAUGCAAGAGAAACAAGAUUCACAAGCCAAAUCUGCCGGCGGAGGGAAGGCACACCCCGCUCUCAAGGCCUUCAUGUGCGGCUCCCUCAGCGGGACCUGCUCCACCCUGCUCUUCCAGCCCCUGGACCUGGUCAAGACCCGGCUGCAGACCCUGCAGAACAGCAUGCACCCGGGCUCGCCGAAGGUGGGGAUGGUGACGGUGUUUCUCAGCGUCGUGCGGACAGAGAGGCUGCUGGGACUGUGGAAGGGAGUCUCGCCGUCCUUCAUGCGCUGCAUCCCCGGCGUGGGCAUCUACUUCAGCACCUUCUACUCGCUCAAGCAGCACUUCUUCCUGGAGCGCGGGCCCAGCGCGCUGGAGGCCGUCCUGCUGGGCGCCGGCGCCAGGACGGUGGCGGGGGUCUGCAUGCUGCCCGUCACCGUCAUCAAGACGCGCUUCGAGAGUGGCAGGUAUAACUACGUGACUGUGCUGGGGGCUCUGCGCAGUGUGUACAUGACGGAGGGACCCAGGGCUCUGUUCUCCGGCCUCACCGCCACGUUGCUAAGAGACGCACCCUUCUCCGGCAUCUACGUCAUGUUCUACAGCCAGGCCAAGAGGUCCCUGCCUCAGGAAGCGACCUCCUCGGUCUAUGUCCCCCUGCUGAAUUUCAGCUGCGGCGUGAUGGCGGGGGUCUUGGCCUCCCUGGUCACGCAGCCUGCGGACGUUGUGAAGACGCAGGUGCAAGUGAGCCCUCACCUGUACCGGAGCACUGGGGACGCCGUGUGCUGCAUCUACAGGGAGCAGGGGCUGAAGGGCUUCUUCCGGGGGGCGGUGCCGCGGUCUCUGCGCAGGACGCUGAUGGCUGCCAUGGCCUGGACCGUGUAUGAGCAGCUAAUGGCCAGGAUGGGCUUAAAGUCGUGAAGAAGAAACGGAUGGAGAGAUGGACGGUGGGGGGUGGUGGUGGUGGUGUAUUUUAGAGAGGGUGGCCGGGGAAAGUGAGCGAGGAGGGGGAGUACGUAUGUGUGCUGUAGACAGUGGCCUGGGGUGGGCAGGGAGGAAAGCGGUUUAAUAUGAUAUUUUAUCAUGCAAAUUUUGAAUUUGAGGGAGGAAGGAUUUAAGUGUAUGUGGGGGUGGGCAGAGGAUUGACUGUCAAGAGAGAUGGAUAGAGAGACUGUGUGUGUAUGUGUGUGUGCGAGUGUGUGUGUAUUCAUGUGCGCGCAUGUGCGAGCACGCAUUUGUGUGAGUGUAAGGUAUGUAUUGCUCUUUUAACAGUCUUAAGUGUUAACCCUGUCCUAAGGUAACAUUCCUGAAUGGCUGUGAAUAUUUCCCUAUCUGACAGGGAGACGUGUAGAGUGAGCUGGCAAUGGCUGCUGAGAGGCCUGCUUAUGGCCAACAGACACAGUGCCACAGACUCUUAAAAAAAACGCACAGGUUCAACGGUCAGAUAGCGGCCGCUGCUUCAGCGACUGACCGUCAACUGACCGACAGACCCUCAAAAAAUAAGGGAAUUAUUGUGCCAUUAACAUAAUAAAAUCUCAUCGUACUGACGCACAGAGGUCUGAGUGAACGGUACAGACUCAAUCGCUGGUGGACGGACGCUCGGACUGAUUCAAACGCUGCUUGAUUUUUUACAGCUGACAGGGUGAUGACCGUUAAAGCACAGACAAUCACAACACAUUUUGACUUGAGUUCAGUUCGUACUGGACCGACUUAAUUGAUUCUAUUGCACUAAUUGACUGUAGGCACGCGCUACUGUUUAAUCCUAUGCUACGCGGAACCGAGUGAAGUGUGCUACAGGCUAUUCUGGGAUUGGACUGGGGUGAGCGUGUGUGUAGUUUGCCGUGCUGUGCGGACCGGAUUCACAUACGAAGGGGAUCAACUGUGACCCGAGGAGACGUGGCCGCCGCUGAGUCGCUCCAGGCUGUAGGUGUGUAGCGUGCUGUUGGGCGAUGUCCGCGGCUGUGCUGCUGGGUGUGUGCAGCGGUUGUGAUGGCCCCGGGGUCUGUCCGGCUGCACGGUCGGUCCCGUGAUACACACCGAAAGCGCAACGGAGGAGCCAGGAAAAAAACGUGUGUGUGUGUGUGUGUGUGUGUGUGUGUGUGUGUGUGUGUGUCUCAUGUCAUGUGCCAUCUGUCGAGCUCCGUAUCUGCAAAUGCACUUUAGAAUAGGGCAAAUAAACGUUCAUUCAGCUCGUGCCAGGGCCAUUUCGUCUGGGGAAAUCUGGAGUGUCUGACACUGUGGAGCAGGUGUCUUUUUUGCCUUUCCUGUGUGUGCUGUGCUAUACUUUAAUAUGCCACACCAUGCUGUACCUUUUAACUGUACAUUUGCCUUCUUGAGAAAGUAUUGUGAAUCGGUGUCUUUAACAGUAUUUUUAUCAUUGUCACUGUGGUUGGUUUCUGUCUGUGGGUGAGCCAGCGCUCUGACAGUUUUGUGUCAAAGUGAAUAGAUCUAACUUUUCAUUUUUAAAAAAAAGAAAAGAUAACAUAAGGCAUUUUACUGUGGUACUUCCACCAGUACAUCCAAAGUGAUUUGUGGUGAUGAAUGUCUUGUGUUUUUAUUUUUCUUUACUUGUUAGUCUUAUUUUGCCAAGU